AUGCAGCGCCCAGAGAACCCAGAUCUUAUAAGGAUCUUAGUCAGGAGCACAAAAAUGGCAAUAAGGCACACAAAUACUAAAAGAAUUGAGGGACUGGAAAAAAAUGUGUGGGUGUCCUUUUCUUCACUGGCAGCAGACCCCUCUAUAGUGAACUUGGGACAGGGAUUUUCAGACAUGCCUCCUCCUCACUAUGUCAAAGAGGCUCUGGCCAAAGCAUCGACUGUGGACCAACUCAACCAGUACACCAGAGGAUUUGGCCAUCCUCCUCUGGUGAAGGCCCUCUCUAAGGUGUAUGAGAGAGUCUGUGGGAGAGCUAUAGAUCCUUUCAAAGACAUCCUGGUCACUGUUGGAGGCCAGGGCUCCUUAUUCUGUACGAUACAGGGUCUGGUGGAUGAGGGCGAUGAGGUCAUUAUAAUAGAACCUUUCUUUGACUGCUACGAGCCAAUGGUCAGGAUGGCAGGUGCUAAGCCUGUCCUGAUACCACUGCGUCUUAAACCUGGAAAGAAGAGCAACACUAGUGCCGACUGGUAUCUGGAUCCUGAGGAGCUUUCUAGUAAAUUUAACUCAAAGACAAAGGCCAUUAUAAUAAACACGCCCCACAAUCCCACUGGGAAGGUGUUCACCAGAGAGGAGCUGCAGAUAAUCGCUGACCUCUGUAUCAAACAUGACACACUGUGCUUCAGUGAUGAGGUUUAUGAGUGGCUCAUCUACAAAGGACACCAGCACAUCAAAAUUGCCACAUUACCAGGGAUGUGGGAAAGAACCAUAACUGUUGGCAGUGCUGGGAAAACGUUUAGCGUCACAGGGUGGAAGAUUGGUUGGUCCAUUGGCCCGGAGCACUUGGUCAAACACCUGCAGACUGUGAUGCAGAACUCAUUGUACACCUGUCCUACUCCUCUACAGGAGGCUGUGGCUCAGGGUCUGCUGAGAGACUGUGCUCUGAUGGGGCAGCCUGACUGUUACUUCAGCUCUCUGGCAGAGGAGCUCCAGCACAAGAGGGACCGCAUGGCGUCCAUUCUACAGGCUGCAGGGCUGACUCCAGUCCUGCCAGAAGGCGGGUACUUCAUGCUUGUGGAUGUCUCUCCUCUCAACGUGGACCUAUCUCAUAUGGAGAAUGAAGCUUACGACUACAAAUUUGUGAAAUGGAUGAUCAAAGAAAAGAAACUGGCAGCAAUACCAGUAACAGCAUUUGUGGGGAACGAAUCAAAAAAAGAUUUUGAGAAAUACAUUCGUCUCUGCUUUAUCAAGAAAGACAGCACUAUAGAUGCUGCAGAAGUCAUUCUCAAAAACUGGAACAAAACACACUCAUGAAGACAA